GCCGCAGCCAUGUCCGCCGCCGACUGAGGGAGAGCGACGGCGACACAGCAUCCGCCGGCUUUUUGUCGCGGCCUGCGAGCGAAUUUGACGAUCACCUACCACAAUCAUUUGCGAGCCGAUGCCUUCGACACUGCUACCACACGCAUUUAGCUCUCCUCCUCCAACAACAACAAGCAAGCAGUGAAACGCAAGUAUCCCCAUUCCGUUGCCUUCCAGGGAAGGGUUGGCCUGGGGGAGGCGAAUCCCCGAGCGUGAGCAUGGAGAUGGCCGUGAGCAUCUCGUCGCUGGGGCUGAGGACCCGCCUCCGGCGGUCAUUGCCGACGACGGCCCUGUCGCGGAGGAGAAAGCGGAUGGACCUUUCCCAGCGGUGCAAGCGGCGGCGCGUGGAGACGUGGCCUAGUCGGAAGAGGAAGAAUCGGAUGGAGACGGCGAGAGCGGAGCAGGAAUUGGGGAGGCGGCCGGCGGCGAAGAAGGGCAGUUUGAGGGCGAAGGGGCAGAACAGGGAGGCCAGCAGCUGGCAGCUUCCAUGCCCGCCGCCGAGGAGCUUGAACUUGCCGAUGAUCAGCAGGUGGACUCCCAUGGCGAACGACGGCGGCGACGACGAAGAAGAAGAAGAAGAUAAGGAAGAAGAGUAACCACGCAGAGGUAUCGUAAUGAUAAAUAAACGCCGCCCGGUUCGCUUGAAUUAUUUAU